UCUGUACACUCAUACACACACACACUCUGGCUCGAAUUAUCUUUGGACUCACAUCUCUUUCAGGUGACCACCCCUGGGCUCCACGAUGGUGGCCGGCCUGGAGAAAGCCUGUCACCGCUGUCUGUCCCACAUUGCCGGUAAUGCCUGUUUCAUCUUCGGCCUGCUGGCGUUUCUGGCCCUGCCGCUCACUAUGGCUUUUGUGGGUGUGAAGACUAUAGAUGACUGCCCCAUACAGCCCAUGAUCCCGCUGUACCUUCUGGUGGGCGGUGUGGUCGGCAGCUUGAAGGUGACGCUCCUGCUGUACGACACCGCCAGGAUGAGGUCCCUCCUCUCCAAGUCCGUAGUCAUCGGCGAUGAUGACGAUGAUGAGUAUCCAUGGCGACAGAACGCCCACAAGUACUACAUCCACGUGAUUCUGAGUGCCUUCCUCUUUAUCUGGUUCAUCCUCGGUAACUACUGGGUGUUCUCGGUGUACAUGCCCAACUUCAUCCCCCCUUUCCACCGGCCCCAGGACUACUGCCGCAAGUCGCUCUACAUCUUCUCCCUGUUUGUGUUGGCUCUCGCCCACUCGGCGCUGGUCCUCCUCCUGUCCUGCACGGCCUGUCUGUACGUGUGCUCCCGCACCAGCACCCGGGACGACUACGGCCAGGACUGA